AUGUCAACUACGAAUACCAAGAACUAUGAUGCCGUUGAGAAAGUGAGGUUUGAAAGAUUAAGAUUGGUUGCUCGUAGGGCAUUGGAAGAGCUGAUCAAAAAAUCAUUAUUUAUAGAACAAAUGAGUACGUGCUUCCCAACAUUGGUGAAUUCAGAAGAUGGAUUGAUAUCACUAGAGUCUGCCGUUUCCCAAAUGUCAGGAUUCUGGCAUUCAAAUUCACUAGAUGAGUUUGAUCUAAUAUACAAAGAAAAAGAUAUGGAGUCGAAGCUAGACGAAUUGGAUGAAAUUAUAAAACACGCACAAGACAAGAAAGAAGCUGGUGAAAAACCUACAAAUAUUGAUCAACUUUCACCUUUGGAACUCGUGGAUUCGACAAUAAUAAGUAAUAGCAAUGUUGUUCUAGAUAAUCUUCAAAAUGGAUAUAUGAUCAGUUGUGUGCAGAAAACUUUGACCUUCACAAAGACUUUUCAGAAAUGGUGA